AUGAAGACCUCCAACGCAUUGAUUCAGCAGCUGCUGAAGGCGGAAGAGGAAGCCGAGGAGAUUGUCCACAAGGCAAAAGAAAACCGCGUAAAGAUGUUAAAGGAUGCUCGCUUCUCCGCGGAGGAAGAGCUCAAGGCUUUUCGGCUCAAGGAAGAGGAACGCUUCAAGGUUGAAGUUGAGCAGCGCCUCGGCCAGGACGAUUCUCUGACAAACGAGCUCGCCGACCGCACUAAGUUGGACAUAGAGAUCAUCAAGAAAGACUAUAUGACAAAUAAGGACGCUGUGCUCGCAUUUAUUAGUGAAAAGGUUUUGGAUGUUGACACGGUCGUCGGCUCCAAGAAAGUUGCCGUGCUUCGCACUUACGCCGCGCGAGGAAUGGAACCCUGA